UCAUUAUUGCUGUUAUACCUUCGUUUUCACUCCUCCCCCACCCACACACACACCAUCAAACACGCACAACUCCCACCAAAAUCCCCCCCGAUCCCAUCUUUCUCUCACAGCAAUCUUCAACAAAACCUCCAUGAAUCCCGCACGCAUUUCAAACCGCCAGUUAUCUCUACUCUCACUGUUACUUUUACUUGCAAUUUACUCCACCGACGCAUCCAUCCACGUGUACGAUCGAGAUCCGUUCCGAGAAGUCGGAAAUGCGUACCUUGUCUCCGGCGGUAGCGAAGGUCUCGCCGCAUCUCGCACCGCUACUCCGCUGCCUCGUCAUUCAACUGUCGUCACCGCCACUGACGGUCGUUCGUUUAUCCGGUUUCAGAACAUCACAUUUCGGAGGACUGAAGCAUCUGCAGCCAAGUAUUCAAAAAACGAACGUCGUACUGGAUUAGUACAAGUUGUCAUUUUUGAGGCUGCUGAUCGUGAUAACAUUGGUGGGUCCCCUUAUGGUGGGCAGAGAUCUAUUUGUUGCACCCCUGAUCUAGCUAAAGUGGAAGGUUGUAAACAAGGGGAAGUUAUUAGAAUACCUUCCGCAAAGGAUCCUAACUGGCCCGUCACUGUCAACGUCUAUUUUCGUGGAAAAUCGUUAACUGCACAGUUAAGAACUACAGAGGCUUACAUCAUGAAAACGGGAAUGUACAAUUUAUUUUUCAUAUCAUGUGAUCCGAACCUCAAAGGGAUGACAUUGACUGGUCAAACCUCGUGGAAGAACCCUGACGGCUACUUACCUGGAAGAAUGGCCCCACUAAAGAAAUUUUACGUAAUCAUGGUGAUUGCGUACGCACUGCUUUGUAUCGCUUGGUUUUCGCAAUACGUGAAGUUUUGGGACGACGUUUUGCAACUUCAACAUUGCAUAAGUUUUGUGGUUGCUAUCGGGUUGUUUGAAAUGAUACUUUGGUAUUUUGACUAUUCAUAUUUUAACAACACCGGAAUAAGGCCCGUUGCGAUUACGACUUGGGUUGUGACUGUGGGUGCCAUAAGGAGAACCGUUUCACGGUUACUUAUAUUGUGUGUUUCUAUGGGCUAUGGUGUUGUGCGUCCUACACUUGGUGGACUUACGACAAAAGUUAUGCUUAUUGGAGUAACUUACUUUUUAUCAACUGAGUUGCUGAAUGUUACCGAGAAUGUAGGGACCAUAAGUGAUAUAGCUGGAAGAGCAAGGGUUAUUCUUGUACUCCCAAAUGCAUUGCUGGAUGCAUUUUUGAUCAUGUGGAUUUUCACUUCUCUUUCAAAGACGCUUACACAGCUACAGGCAAAGAGGAGUUCUGUUAAGUUGGAUACAUACAGGAAGUUCUCAAAUGCAUUACUGAUCACAGUUGUUCUUUCAGUUGUUUGGAUCGGAUAUGAGGUGUAUUUCAAAGCAACGGAUCCUUUCAAUGAGAGGUGGCAAAGUGGGUGGAUUAUCACCUCAUUUUGGGACAUUCUUGCAUUUGCAUUGCUCUGUGUCAUCUGCUAUCUGUGGACACCAUCACAGAGUUCUCAAAGAUACGCAUAUUCAGAAGAGAAAGGUGAAGAUUCUGAUGAAGAAACCGAAGCACUUAACAGUGGAUCCCCCAAAGGUGACAUCAGCUUAGUCAAGCAGGAACGACGAGAGAAAAACGGUCAAAACACGGAUGAAUUUGACCUAGAUGACGAUGAUGAUGCAGAAGGCAAGAGAGAAUAGUCCCCUGAAUUGUAUUCAUUUGUUGUAAACAAAAGCACAGCCAUUGCCAGCUUCUGUACAGAUUUUAUCCCAAAAAAAAACAAGGAAGCAACCUACUUUGGACACAGGGAGAAAAGAAUGCAAUAGUUUUGAUGUUGAUGUUGAAUUUAUUGAAACAAAGAGUGACUGUAUGUUAUGUUUUUGAUCAUUAUGUAUUUUGUCAGUUAGUUGUUUGCUAAUAUGAUUGAUUAUUUGAUGAAGUAUCAA